AUGCGAGCCAUCCUGCCUGGGCGACCUCAAUCCAAGAGACAGGCCCUUUGCACCGCGCAUUGGUGCAGUCUGCGUCUGGUCGCAUAUGUAUCCGGCAAUGCCGCUGUCAUCCUCAGCGGCCCUCAGUCCAUCCUCCAAACCAUUUACGUCGAUACUGUCGAUGCCCUCACUGCGAUAACCCUCGAAGAGACUACGGGUCGGAUAGCCCUCUGCGAUGCAACUCAUGUCUAUAUCUACAAACCGAUCGGCCGUGAAGAGGGUGUGCUGAGAUGGAUUCAGGUCCACGAGUUGAAGAAUCCCGAUGGACUGCAGGUGGAGUCCUUGUCUUGGGGAUCCUCUAAAGAACUCUUGCUCGGUGGUUCCAGACUUGUCCUCUGGCUCGUACCCGACGCUGGUUCUCCGACUAUCGUUUGGAAUCAGCCACUGGCAUAUCCCACCGCCCUUGCAUACUUUUCUCCCGACAGCAGCUUGAUUGCCUCGGUAGGCCGGUAUGACCGACUUGUCAAGAUCUGGAGACGCCUUUCGUAUGAGGUGGAAGGGACCAGAUUCGACGUUUCCUAUCUACCACACCCGGCUGCGGUAACGAAUUUGCAUUGGCGCAAACCAUGGCACGAGGAACAGAUUCUGGACAACCUUCUCUACACGUUUUGUUCCGACAAUCACAUCCGUGCCUGGACCAAUUUCGACCCCCACGCCCUCACAGCACUACAGCAAGUCAGUGAUAUCAACAUGAACUCUUCGAUCCAGCCACGGAGACUAAGCACCAAUCCUAUUAGCACCAGACGAUAUGCCUUCAUCAUUGACAGCCGUGACUUUUCGACGGCCACGGAAAAGGCCGUUGAGAACUCUAGUCCCAAAAAAGCGGACCAUGCCCUUGAACAUCUCAUUGAGAUCGCGAAUCGAAGUCCAGAGAUCUGCGUCGUCCUCGACGGACUGGGUCACAUGUCUGUGUGGGGACUGGAGAACGCUGGAUAUAAGAACAGAAUUCUUCCUUCUGUGUUUCACAUCUCCCAUGUCGAUGGCAUGAACGUCCAUGUUCCACAGCUGAGCGACCCAUUGGAAGAUUAUGUGCAAUUCUGCAUCUUCGCUGGUGGGAUGACCGAGUCAUCGUUGUCAAUUCUCCUCCAUUCUUUUGCGGGAGAUAUUGAUUGGUACGAUAGUCAGAUCACGCAUCUGUUUGACACGGCCGCGAGACGAGAUAGGACGGAACUGAUUUCGACAAUGGCGGGACACGGCACGCCAGUCCGGCGAAUUGUCCGAAACGUGGUCGGCACCGUCGUCCUGUCUGGUACAUACGACGGCAACACCAGCAUCUGGCAGCACGAAGGAAAUCUAUCCAGUGCUCCCCUCUUGCGACGGAGUUCGUUCAACGUCAAUGUGGAAAUUAAAGAUGCAGUCAUCUUGUCUCGUGGGAGAUACGCAGCAAUCCUAAGUAACCAUGGUCUCGAACUGUGGGAUAUCCGCGAAGCGAAAGCUAAAAGACUUGGAGUCUGGAAAUCUGAUGGUAAUCAUUUACCAGUUCGCAUUACCCAGAGUCGAAUCGCCAGCGAACGAGAACUUACCAGCCGCGUUAUCGUGGGUUAUCACGCGGAUGGGACUGUUGAAGCCUGGGAGCUGCUCCUCCCAGCGAAAGAACCAGGCGCGACAAAUGGUUAUCGCGAGAUGAUACGAUCGUUGGGAGAUGUCAGGCUACAUGCGCAAAACCGGUACAAUGCCUUGAUUUCCGUCUGUGACAAUAUGAGCACAAACAAGCGACCGGCCGAUCCUCGCGAGAUCCACGCUUUAGGCUUUGCCGCAGCACUUGCCAAAGAUGGCACCUUGGAGAUGGUCAGGUCUCAGGAAGAGCCAGAUUCGACGAAGCCACAUCUUAUCUCUGGUGCUUUGAUUGAAACCAACAUCCGCAAGCCAAAAGCGAUCAGUGCAAGCGGAUACGGCAAAAUUGUGGUUGUUAACGAUGACAGCAGCAGCCUUAGCAUAUGGGAUGCCAAGACCGGUUCGUGGGAGUAUGAACAUGAGCUUGAUGGGACGGACACUAUCCAUACAUUCGCAUGGGCUGUCUCGCCACAAGGCUUGGCCUUAGUCGCUGUUUGCUUUGACUAUCACAUUGUCAUCCUGGGUCAGGUCCGAUACGCUUACCCAGUCAGCGAACCGGCUUGGGUAGAUCUGCGACAUAUCAGAAUAAGAGACUUUACCACCCACUCGAUCGGAGACUUAUGCUGGUUGAGGAGCGGCGACCUCGUCGUGGGAGCAGGCAUUCAGCUUUCCAUCUUCAAGGGGUUCGCGAGGAGUCAUCACAAUGAAAACGCCAAACCUCUACAAGAUUUACGAGCAAAGAUGCGAAAUGGCGAAACUUUCGCCAUGAUGGCAAUGUUGAACUCAUUGGUCCCAGUCUUCCAUCCCACCUUUCUCGCACUGCUUACUUGCGUUGGAGGGCUCAAGGCUACCAAAGAUGUGUUAUAUCACCUUCACCGUGAUCUGAAGUUCUUCACCGAAGGCGAUGAGCUGUCGAGCUUCGUCAACAUUCAGCCUGACAGGAUCACCAAUGCGGAGAGGCCAAGUCAGACGAUUGACAAGCCGUAUUAUACGGCGAAUGGUGAUUUAAACGGCGAUGCUGAGAAUCUACUACUUUCGGAUUAUGCAGAAGGUCUAGACGACAACUUGCGACGAUAUAAACUGUGGCAAUUGACGAACGAUGAACAAGCCAGACUAGUGAAACAAGUCGAUGUGGUUUCUGAAAUAGAGAAACAAGAGGAGUCGGUGGAUGCCAACGGCCAGCGCUACCUCCAAGCUCUAUACACGUACGGCGAUGAAGGCGUUCCAUGGAGUGCCAUUGCGUUCGCCUCGUUGAGCACGUCCCAAGAAGUUCUUGUCGACCUGGUCACUCGCUUGUACGGUGGUAAACUCACUUGGGAAGCGGCGCGGAAGUCGGGACUGUUCUGCUGGCUUUCCGAUGUGGAAGCCCUCCGGCAGCAAAUGGAAAACGUCGGUCGAACCGAGUUUACAAAGCACGAAGACCGCAACCCGGUGGAUUGUUCGCUGUAUUAUCUUGCCCUUCGCAAAAAGACCGUUCUAUUGGGUCUCUGGAGAAUGUCGAUCGGGGUGCGAGAAAAGGAAAAUACUAUGAAGCUGUUGGCGAACAAUUUUGACGAUCCAAGAUGGAAGGCCACUGCGUUGAAGAAUGCAUAUGCGUUGCUAAGUAAGCGACGCUUUCAGUAUGCUGCUGCCUUCUUCUUGCUAGGAGACAGUCCCUGGGACGCGGUGAGUGUCUGCAUACAUCAGCUGCAAGAUCUGCAGCUUGCCAUUGCUGUUGCACGAGUGUACGAGGGUGAAAACGACAAGCAGCCUUCAACUUUGACAAGGUUGAUGGAACAAACCAUCCUGCCCAUGGCCGUCGAAAAUGAGCAAGGACGGUGGCUGGCAAGUUGGGUGUAUUCGGCGAUGCUUGAUCGUAAAGAUAUGGCUAUUCAAGUCCUUGUGCAUCCUGUGCACAAGAUCGUGGGUAGACCAUUACUCGAUGGGCAUGAGGAACCGGGGAUGGUCGGAUCACUCAACUAUGCCGCCAACGACCCUCUUCUGGUGCUGUUGUACACCCAAAUUCGCGCUCAACUGGCGAAGCAAAACCAAUGGCGCAGCGAGGUCAUAAGCGCAAAGGACGAAUGGGGUUUCAUCAUGCGUUGCGUGAGGCAGUAUCUCCACAUGGGAUGUGACGUGCUUGCCCUGUCCCUCGUUAAGGACUGGGAGUUCGUCCCUGAAAGUUUGGACAAGCAGACAAUAAUUGCAGCAGUGGAAGAGGUUCCGCCCCCGCCACCCAGCCCGGGCCUCCAGCGCCGCAAGACAUUCUACGAUCUGGAAAAGGAGGAAGACGAAGAGAAUAUCCCGCAGGCGGAGAAGAUGAAGAACAAACAGAAGAAGCCCCCUCCGACCAUGUUCGAGGAGCCGAGUGCGGAUAGUUUGCUCGAUAGUUUUGGAUUCUGA